CUCUGAGGUCCCUGGCUGACACUUACCGGCCGCCCCCCCCCUCUUCCAACCUCCGACACUACCUCCCCCUCCCGGAGAGUCGAGUCUAACCGUCACACCCGGGCCCGUUCUGCUCCCACCGAGUCCCCCGCGGGGGUGGGGGAAGGGAAAUGAAGACGAGCCCGUCUUGCCAGGGCCGAGAGACGCUUCUCGUCGCCUGAAUGGUGUGAGGCGGCGGCGGCUUCUUCUCAACAGACGGCACAGCGGCAGCGGCGCUUCUUCUCCCGACAGGUUUAAAAAGAAUUGAGAAACUAUGGGGGCAUUUUUAGACAAGCCAAAGAUGGAAAAGCAUAAUGCCCAGGGGCAUGGUAAUGCACUGCGUUAUGGGCUUAGUAGCAUGCAAGGUUGGCGGGUUGAGAUGGAAGAUGCACAUACGGCUGUGAUUGGUUUGCCAAAUGGACUUGAUGGGUGGUCGUUCUUUGCUGUAUAUGAUGGUCAUGCUGGUUCCCAGGUUGCCAAAUACUGCUGUGAGCAUUUGCUGGACCACAUCACAAGCAACCAGGAUUUCAAAGGGACUGAUGGACAUCCGUCUGUGGAAAGUGUAAAAAUUGGAAUCAGAACAGGUUUUCUCCAAAUUGAUGAACAUAUGCGAGUCAUUUCUGAGAAGAAACAUGGUGCCGAUAGAAGCGGGUCUACAGCAGUGGGUGUUAUGAUUUCCCCUCAUCACAUUUAUUUUAUCAACUGUGGCGACUCAAGAGGAUUACUUUGUAGAAGCAAGAAAGUUCAUUUCUUUACACAGGAUCACAAACCAAGCAAUCCACUUGAAAAAGAGCGUAUACAAAAUGCUGGUGGAUCUGUGAUGAUUCAGCGUGUAAAUGGAUCGCUUGCAGUUUCAAGGGCUCUAGGUGACUUUGAUUACAAAUGUGUCCACGGAAAAGGCCCCACAGAGCAGCUUGUAUCACCAGAGCCUGAAGUUUAUGAAAUUGAGCGGUCAGAAGAGGACGACCAGUUUAUAAUUCUGGCAUGUGAUGGUAUUUGGGAUGUCAUGGGAAAUGAGGAGCUGUGCGACUUUGUAAGGUCAAGACUAGAAGUUACAGAUGACCUUGAAAAAGUUUGUAAUGAAAUUGUAGACACCUGUCUAUACAAGGGAAGCCGAGACAACAUGAGUGUCGUAGUGAUCUGUUUUCCAAGUGCUCCAAAAGUGUCACCAGAGGCAGUGAAGAGAGAAGCGGAAUUGGACAAAUACCUGGAAAGCAGAGUAGAAGAGAUCAUAAAGAAGCAGGGUGAAGAAGGUGUGCCAGACUUAGUCCAUGUGAUGCGUACAUUAGCCACUGAGACCAUCCCUAACCUCCCACCUGGGGGUGAAUUGGCAAGCAAGCAGAGUGUGAUUGAAGCGGUUUACAACAGGCUGAAUCCAUAUAGAAAUGAUGACACUGAUUCUGCAUCAACAGAUGACAUGUGGUAAAUAUAUCCGUUUAGAAAUGGAGUUUACAUCCAUCCUCAAUGAACAUACAGCCCAACCUCAGUGAUCCUCCUUAGCAUCCAUCCUCAACCUUUUUCGUUUAAAGAAGGGAAUUUGAUGUGGAUGAGCUUGAUGAAAACAAUAAAACGCAGUACGAAUGGCCCCUGACUAUUGUACUGUUUUUUUUCUUCCUCCUAAUACUUUCUCUACACACAUUUUCUUUUUGUAAAACUGAAAUUUUAUGUUAAAGUACUUUCAAACAAUACAUGUUGUAAAUCAGACUCCAGCAAAUUCUGUUGUAUGAUUUUUUCUUUUUUUUUUCUUUUUGUAAAGUGCAAUUGUCCUUGUACAAAUUGUCAUAUUUAAUUAUGGACUGCAAAUUUCUCUAAAGGUUAUAGGAAGUCUAGCUUGUUAUGUGAUGCAACCAAUAAUCUAACCCGAUACAUUCAUGUGGUGGUUUUAGAUUGGACUUAGAGCAGCAACAUAACCAGCUUGGGGUCCCUAUUAAAUUGUUUAUAGAAUUGUAACAUUAGUGUACAGUGGAUUUUUUUCUUUUGGACAAAGAACAGCUUUCAGUUCUGUCAAAAUUAAUUUUGGAUGGCAACAAGAUAAUUAAUGGAAUUUUUAAUAUAACCUUUGACUGAUAAACGCAGUCUUUAAGAACAAAUCUACACCAAGAUUUAAACACUCACAUCCAUUCACUAUUAAUCAGUUUGUGUUGUAAUUUUUUGUUUUUUGUUUAUAACUACACUGGCUGGGUCUGUUGCUGCUACAGAGAGUUCUGAAUUCCAUUUUAUCAAUAAAGCUUGAUUUGACAAACACUCAUUAAGGAGCAAUUUUUCUUGUCUGCCUUUUUGGUCUCUGCCACUUAUCCCAAUUUUUGGUUAUCUCGAUAUUUAUUGAAGCCCCACAGUUAAAGCACACAUCCAUGCACAAGGAUCAUGCAUUUACACGUUUUCUCCUAAGUGUUUUUGCUCAAGAGGUUUUGUAGGAUUGUUUUUUCCUUUUAGAAAGUUUGAUGCUACUAUGUCUUAAGCUUUUAUAUUCUGCUUGUAAGAAGAAAAAAAAACCCUGAAAGUCUAACACUUAAUAAAUGUUUAUAUUUUUUCCACUUUACCAAUUCAUAAAUUAGGGCAAGGUAGCGAUUAAACUGUAUUUGUGAUUUGCAACUAUUAAGCAUGUGUAUGUUUAACUACUGGUUGUCAAUAAUGCAGUUUACAACUAUGGUUGUCACAGUAUCAUAUACCAACCAAUAUGUUUCCAUAUAAACUCCAAUUACUAAAUUGUGUACCCUUUGUUACUAUAUGUAUAAAGUUGUGUUUAUGUGAAUUUUCAUUGAAAUGGUAUCCUUUCAGGUACACUAUAGUACAAGUACUAGAAUGUGAUAUACUUUGAGUUACAAAAUCAAUGGCCUUAAACUGAAAAUUUUAAAGGAUCAGUCUACAUUUAGAGCUUUUAGUUUUGGUAGAUGUUGGUGAGCUGUAUCACUGGCUUCUUCUAACUCUAGAAGACACUGGUGGUGAUAUGCAGACACAUCACUUAUCAGAUAAUUUCCAAACUUCCUGGAACCUUAUCCCUGAACGCACUGGGCCUUAAAUGCCAGUACCAUUCAGUACAACAUUUACCCCUGUCCAGCCACAGUCUGCCAUAGACUUUGGCAGCCUGCCUGCAGCACCUUAUCCCUCCAUAGCACCCUGCAGCUGGAUGACCCCAAAUUGGCCUAAGUUAGAUAUUUCUUGCUUUCCCUGCCCAUAGCGGCUGUUCUGUUUUAGACUGACCGUGUUAAGCCAUUGCCUUUUUGUUGGCAGCAUUGUCAGACUGAGGGAACAUGCCUUGCAUGCUGAAAAUGUUGCUAAUUGAGAGACCAAGGGUAACGUCAAUGUUGUAAAGUGAGGCUUGAUGCAAAACCUACUUGAAAAUAGAAUUUGGGUUUACCUACAUCAUGGGUGCUCAACAUGUUGCCCUCCAGCUGUUGCAGAGCUCCAAGUCCCAUUAUGCGUCUGCCUUUGGGAGUCAGUGGCUUGCAAUGCCUUGUAGUUCUGCAACAGUCGGAGGGUCUAAGGUUGAGCACCCAUGACCUACAUUUUCAUUUAAUGCAGCUCCAGGAUAAACAGGGGUUCCAUGGUUAGUGGAUGAUUUGUAUACCAGUGUCCACCUAUAGCUGAAUCUGUUUUGAGAGGGCUGACUCUUUAAAAACUUGCCAAUACUAGUUUUGAGCAUUGGAAGGCUAUAUUUUCAUAUUGGUUGUGUAAAAACAUUCUGCUUUUUAGGAUCCUGUUCAGUAAAACGCUAUGGCAACGCACUGAGCAAGAUUCAGCAAGCUUAUUUCACUCUGGUGACCACUUGCUUAGCACUAGCUCACAACUCUUGAAUUUAUUAUCAACGUUGCUAGGAUGCCAGUACAUCAUUUAUUGCAGUAUGUGAGAUCUUUGCCAUAUCCUUUCAAGUGUUGUGAACCACUCUUCACUGUUUAAUUCUGGAGAUGGAGCACUCAUGUGAAAUGUUAAAUACCACUUUUUUGUUUGUCUUGUUGUCAGCUGGAUUCAAGAGGGAUUGGGGAAAUCUUUAAGUUGAGCAAUUGAUAUGUUCACAGUUCUACAAUUUUUGUGUUGUACUUAUUUUCUGUAUUAACCUUUUUAAUCAUUGAGGUGCUGGUAUUGUAAUUGUUUCCCAUUUUGUUUACUAUCUAGUCAUGAAGUACAUAAAACCACAUGCAGUGUAAAAAAAAAUCUUGGUUUAAAAGUAAAUUUCUCUAAAUCCCAAUAAAGACUGCAAAAUGUGUAAUUGUUGUACAAUGCAAAAUCGUGUAACCCUGUUUUAUAGCCAGUGAAGUUUGUGCACUUCAUUUUAAAAACUGUCCUUUGAGUAAUGCUUCUGCUGAUAAAUUAGUAAAUUAUUA